GUUGGUUUGAGUUGCUGGCUUCAAUUUGAGAUUUGGGAUACAAGCAGGGUAUACAGGAAAUCUACAAAGAAUUUUAGCGGUAGAGUCAAGAAAAUGCUUUUUGUUGCUAAAGAAAACACAAGGGAUAUUGGAUUUGUGACAAAUAAUACAGAUAUGA